AAUAUGGCGCUGUGGAAGUCGCGAGUGUUUCUACAGAGUUUACCGAAAGUUCUGUUUUGAGUAUUAUAUGCGCUCGUUGAUUUCAUAGACGUUGGAGCGGACUUGACUUUGAGGAAACUUGCGACAUGUAUGUUCCAACGAUGACGCUAGCACUAGGAAAAGUUCGAGCUGCCUUACUGCACCGUGUGCGAUUGCCUCGGCCACGGUGGCCCCGGCGGUCCCUUCAUAGUUUCCCGCCACCUUUUGAGUCUGUAUUUAAUAGGGCUGCCACUUAUCAAGAUCGUUUGGCACUAGUGGAUGUCGAAGGAACGUAUACGUAUUCGAACCUUUUGGCUAGUAGUACUUCUUUGCAGGCGCACAUUGACGACGUACUUAAGGGCUCCACGAAAGAGCGGAUAUCGUUUCUGUGUCCCAAUGCAGUAUCUUAUGUUAUUGCUCAGUGGGCUUGUUGGUUAGGUGGUAAUGUUGCCGUACCGCUGUACUGGAAUCUACCACGUUCAGUUCUAGAGUAUUACAUAAGAGAUUCUCAAAGCUCGCUCCUCGUGAGCACAAAAACAUAUGCUGACCAUUUGCAGCCCAUAGCAAGAGAGCUAGAUUUACCUUUGGUGGUACUCGACGAAGAGGUGAAAAAGGAAACGUACACAGCAUCGAAACAGAAAACCGAAGAGUGGAAGCGACUAAAACACAAGGAUGCCCAAAUACUGUACACAAGUGGCACUACAGGACCACCUAAGGGUGUCGUCACAACCCACAACAACCUGUUUGUCCAAGCUUCGGCAAUAAUCAGUGCAUGGGAAUUCAGCUCGUCGGAUGCUGUACUCCACACAUUACCUCUACAUCACACACAUGGCAUAGUGAAUGCUUUGGUGGCUCCCAUGUACGCUGGAAGCACGUGUGUUAUGCUGCCCAAGUUUGACGCUGCUGAUGUAUGGAACUAUCUCAUUGAACCUCCGACAAGAGGGCCUCGAAUCAAUGUUUAUAUGGCAGUGCCAACAAUCUAUGCAAAGCUCAUACAGCAUUAUGACAAAAUGUUUUCAAGCAGUACUCCCUUCUCCAGAAGCAAAGAAUUCAUCCGUGCAGCUUGCACACAAAAAAUCAGGUUGAUGGUGAGUGGGUCAGCAUCACUUCCGCUUCCUGUGUUAGAACGCUGGAAAGAAAUAACUGGCCAUACACUACUGGAACGUUACGGAAUGACAGAAAUUGGGAUGGCACUCACAAAUCCUCUUCACGGAACGCGAAAACCUGGAUUUGUAGGCAAGCCAUUUCCAGGUGUCAAAGUCUGUCUUGCAAAGCCAAAUGCCUAUGCCGCAACAGGUUAUGAUGUGAUCUUAACCGGUGACGAGUAUGGAACCAAAGUUGUCAAAGGAAGUGAAAAUGAAUCUGGUGACCUUCUUGUGAAAGGGCCAAACGUCUUCAAGGAAUACUGGAACAAGCCAAAGGCUACUAAAGAGGCCUUUACAAGUGAUGGCUGGUUCAAAACUGGAGACACUGCUGAAUACAGAGAUGGAGCUUACAAGAUACUGGGUCGUACGUCAUCGGACAUUAUCAAAAGUGGAGGCUACAAGAUUAGUGCAUUGGAUGUAGAACGUCACCUUCUGGCACAUCCAGACAUCCAAGACUGUGUUGUGGUUGGCCUGCCAGACAUUACCUGGGGUGAGAAGGUGGCAUGCGCAGUCACUCUGCGAGAUCCAACGGCUGAACUGACUCUGCAGGAGUUGCGUGAAUGGAGCAGAGCUCGAAUGGAAGCAGCCAUGAUUCCAGUGUUACUGCAGGUUGUUCAGGAAAUACCACGCAAUGCUAUGGGCAAAGUGAACAAGAAGGAUAUUGUGUCUCAACUUUUUGCAAGUCCUUAGUUCAUUGUUAAUUUCUAGUCUGUACGUUGAGUCUAAUGGCAUAUUUGACAGCAUUGAAUAUGUGUUCCCUUAGAACAAAAAAUGGCAGUGUGCUCGUUCAGGGUCAGCAGGGCACAUUGUGCAUGUUUGUGAUACGUUUCUUAAAGAUUGUAGUUGUGCAGAGCAGUGGGUAGCUCUCUGGGUUUGGUGGUCUUGUCAAAUUCAACACCUGCACAUAUCAAGCUGCCAUGUAGUGGCAGUGCUAGGUGAUGUCAGACAAGGUGUGGUUUUGGAAUAAAUUAUUUUUUGUUUA